UGUGUUACAUAUUGAAAUUUAAAUAAAUAUUUAUUACCUUUAGUAUACCGAUUGAACAUUCGUUUUUGUUUUAUAUCUAUGAAACUGUUUAUACACAUACAUGUGUUUUAUCGUAAAUAUAACUGAAUUCUAUUAUGGAUACAUUUAAAUAGAAAUUUUAAAAUACGAAAUCAAUACCUUUGAAAGCUGAUUUUAUAUAUUUUUGGUUCAUUAAAAAAAUAAAAACCAAAUUUGUUAUUUUUUGAUUAUUCAAAAUGAAUAUCUUUAGAAGCGAUAGUGGUACAUCCAGAAGAAUAUCGCCUCAUUCAGUAACUACUACUAAACAAACUAAUGGAAGCUCAAGGCAUGGACACCAUAAUCAGAGAUCUAUGCAUACGGAAAAUCCUCCAUUAAUGAAUAAUGAUGAUGAGUAUAAAAAAUUAGAUUCAUCAAUGUCAGUAUUUAGAGAAAAUGGGAGUAUUUUAAAACCAGAUCUAGAAGAAAAUACACAAAUUGUAAAACAUUUUGUUCCUUCGAUUGAUAGAUAUCACCUAUCUCAAAAUGUUCCUGAAAAACCUAUAUUUAGAGGUCCUGAAACUGAUGUUUUACAUGAUUUGGAAAAAGAUAAACUUAAAUCAAUACGAAUUCAAAUGAUUAGGGCAGAUGUGCAACAAACUGAUUCAUACCGUAAAGCAUAUGUAGUUGAAGAUCAUGUACCUAGAGUGAAAGGUGAGAAUCAUGAGCAUGUUGAUGACCGAAAAACUCAUUUAAAUCCUAACCCUGUUCAUUAUGAUCAUGUUGAAAAUUGUUACGGAUUAAGUCCUUGUAGACAGUCACAUGAUUGUAGUUUAUCCCCUUUAAUGAAUAAUCGACCUCCCUCUCCUCCUUUGCCGUACUCUCCAAAUUUAGAUUGUUUUGUGGAUCCUGAUAGUGUUCAUAGAGAAUCAAGAAGUUUAAGAUCAGAAAAUUUUCAUGGUCGGGCUAGUAAAAAGAGACACGAAAACUUUUUAGAGCAUCCUUCACCUGAACCCAGAUCUCCAAGUACAUCACGUUAUCGAACAAUAGAUAACAGACAUCAUACAAAAAAUAAUUCAAUGCGUUAUGAUAGUCAUCCAAGGCGUAGUGAUUCUUCACCUGUUUAUUAUGAAAAACGGUGUAAAUCUUUUAGAAGUCCCUCUCCUACUAAUAGGACAUUUUCUCCAAAUGAAAGAUCUACAAGAAGGUCUGCAUUAUCUCCUCCGCGAAAUGUAUCUUCUUCAUUAAAGCAACAAACUUCUAAUGACCAUCCAAGAAAAAGGCGAUCACCUCCUCAACGAUAUGACAGGUCUAGAGAUCGAAGGCGACGUAAUUCACCAAGAAGAAGAACUCCACCAAUCAGGUCAACUUCAAAACGAAGAGAUAAUAAUGAUCACCAUAAGAAACGUUCAACAUCCCGUAAUCGAGAUGUCAGGAGGAGAGAAAAUCGAGAAAAUAGACGACGGUCACAAUCAAAAUCUAACAGCCCUCAACAAGAGGAGCAACAAUCAUCUUAUUCAUCAUCUCAACCUCAAUCUGGAUAUUCAUCACAACCUGGAGUUAGAAUUCCACCUCCUAGACCAUAUCCUGGACCAAUGUUAAUUCCAUUACGACCACCUCUUUAUCCCCCUCCUAUGGGUGCUUGGAGACCACCACGGCCCCCGCUGCAAGCUCCACCACCCGCAGGCUGGCCAUAUCCUCGCCCAAGACCACUGUACUACCCCUACUAAAAGGAAAAACGAGUAUAUUUGUCUUAUUUUUUUUAUCACAAGAACUUUAAAAUAAUUAUUUUUCAAAUGUAGUGAGCAAACAUUAUUCAAAAAGUAAUUUUUUAUUGAAUGUACGAUAUAUUUUAUACUCAAUUAUUUUUAACAAUAAUUAUGUCAUAAAUGAUGUGUGUAUAUAUAUAUUUACUUAUAUAAAUAUACGUUUAUAUUGUUUUAA